UGAAUUGCCGAAAAACAUAUUUUGUACAAUGAGAGAUGAUGAAAUAAAAUUUGCUGUGGAAUCAGACAAUAGGAUCUUGGACUUUGGAAAGCGACUCUUUGAAAAGCAUGGUCAUGAGCCCCACAAAUUUCAGUACAUUUCACAGAAAUUGAGGGAAUUAGGCAGGUUACUUGUAGUUUGUCGCAGAGCAAGUGUAGACCUUAAAUGGAUAGAUGAUGUCCUAAAUAGCAAGAACUGGAGUCUUUUGAUUCAGUGUGUUAAAGAAGUGUCUGGAUAUGACUGUCACAGCCAUUCAUAUGUCACUCCAUCUUUGGCUCUGAAACUUGGCCAUAGUCUGCAGAAAUGUGCAAAGUUCUUAAGAUCAGAGGGAAUAAAAGAGGAAGACAAUGACAAAGUUGUGAGAGCAGAGCAUUUUUUGGACCUGUAUGAAACAGACUGGAAUGAUGAUAUAUCUGCACAUGCACUAAGCUCCUUGGAUGAAAGAAAAUAUAACAAGCCCCUUCUUCUACCCAUUGUCAAAGAUGUUGUCAAACUUAAUACAUUUCUUACUUCAGAAGUGAAGGUUUGUUGUAAAGACAUGAAGGAAAACUGUGAUGACAAAUCAUAUGCUAGACUGGCACAAUUGUGCCUGGCCCGUUUGAUUUUAUUCAACAGACGUCGAAGUGGAGAAGCAGAGCGGAUGACACUUAAAGGAUUUUUAGAUGCUGAAAAUGGAAGUGGGAAACCAGAUCCAGUAGUAUUAAGCACUCUAAACGAGUUUGAAAGAAAACUGUGUGGUACUCACACAAGAGUGGAAAUAAAGGGGAAAAGAGGGAGGGAAGUAGCUGUAUUAUUAACUGAAGAGAUGAAGAAAAGUAUCAAGAUCCUGGUUUCACAUAGAGGGAAGGCCAAUGUAGUUAAAGAUCUAUUGUUUUCAAAACCUGGUGACACAAAAUUCCCAUACAGGGGAAGCGAUUGCCUGAGGAAAUUUUCAAAGGAAGCUGGUGUUGAAAAUCCACAAGCAUUAACCUCAACUAAAUUGAGGAAGCAGCUGGCAACUUUAGCACAGAUUCUAAACCUUAGUGAAACAUCACAAGACAUAUUAGCAACAUUUCAAGGUCAUGAUAUAAGGGUGCACAGACAGUUCUAUAGAAUGCCAGAAGACACUAUGCAGGUUGCCAAAGUUUCAAAAGUCCUUCACAGCAUAAACAACGGAACAAUAGGAAAAUACCAGAGGAAGGACUUCGAUGAAAUCCAGCUGGCAGACAAAGAUAUUUUCAAAACAAAUUCUCAACAGUUGGAAAUGUUAGAAGCUGUAGAAAGUGAAACAGACAGUAGCUCAGAGGGGGAUGAUGAGGAGCCUAGUGAAGAGGAGAGCGACACUGAGUUAGAGUCAGCUAAGAAAGAUGUUGAUACAGAGGAAAAGAAAUGUAGUAAAGCAAAAACCCCAGAAAAGGAAGAAAAUGGCAAGAAGAAACCUGAAGCAUUAAAGGCCAGGCACCACUGGACUAGAGAAGAAAAAAGUGCCCUCACAAGACAGUUCAAGCAGGCUAUUGCCAGUGGUAAAACACCUGGACAGUUAGAAUGUCAAACUGAUAAAAAAGAACCAUGUCUACACAAAUUUCAAUGGAAGCAAAUAAAGUUUUGUGUAAAAAAUAUGAUCACCACUUACAUGAGACAAUCAAAGAAAUUUGCUGGAGAUGAACAUUUAAUUUAGAUUACAAUGUACAUAUAUUGACAAUACAUAAUGUAUCACAUCUUUUCAGGACAUUUUGUUUCAAUUUUUCUAAUUUGAUACUCGGAUAUUGAAAAUCUUGAGCACCUUGAAGGAGGAAUCAAAGAAUAAUGCACAAUAUCCGUGAGUGUAGUGCCAUUUAAAAUCAUUUUAAAAAGUCAAGAAUUAAUUCUGAAUUUAUUUCUCUUUAAUAUUGGUACUGUAAUGAAUUCAUGUGUCUUCAACAUGACUUAUGAGGCAAAAUAUUUUGUUUUACAAGCACAGAUAAUCCAUUCAAUUUAACUCUAUAAAAGUUGUAAAAAAAUUACGAAGACAUUAAUUUUUAACAAAAUUUCUGCCACAUUUUUGUUUUAAGAUAAAAAAUAUUGGGUUAAGCUGAGACGUUGGUAAAUUAACCAUAUAAUAUGAAAAGCUGAUUGAGUGGUGUAUCUAGAUUUUAAAUUUGUUAAAGAGCUUGUUAUUCUUGGACUAACUUAUCAACAAAGCUUUAAACCUGAUUUAAGCUACAUGAAAAUCUGGUUUAAGCUUCUUUGGCUCAAGGGAAAACAGAAGUAGUCACUGGAUCAUUGUGGUUCCUCGGGUCCUGUGAAAUAGACAGUCCAGAUUUCAAAAAUCAUCUCUGUAUCUAAAAAAGCUGGUAAAGAACAGUUUUGUUAAAUUUUGAUUAUUAGGAGAUCUGUUGCUCUCGGCCUCCCAUACCAGGGGCGAUGUAGUGGAGCCUACAUCAGUCGAGUGAUAUUAGAUUUAUCCAAAAUGUCAUUUAUAAUUUUUUCCUUAUUGCUUAGGCAUAUAGGCAUCUUAUUUUAAUAUGCAAUAGAUUUACCAAUCUGUCCUUACUUACUGAUGUGAAAUUGUGGUUGUCUUACAUAAUAUUAACAGUGCAUGUUGUUAACUUUCACAAUGUACCACUGAUUAACCAUGAAACACACCAUAUACUGUUGCAAACUACCUUUGUGGCUGAAUGGAUCAACUGAAAGGAAUUGUGUUUUUAUAUAUACCUACGAAUCUUGUAUUGGGAUUGUUAAAAUGUUAUUGAUGCUGAAUGUGAGCUUUAUUUCAUGUUGACUGUAUGUACAUUGUAGAACUGUCACCUGUAAAGCAGUUGAUAUUCUUGUUUUGUCAUUAUUAGUCCCCUACCGUUGAAACCAAGUGGACUAUAGGUUUUGGUUGAAGUUUUAUAAUAGCACACCAUUCACUUAAUAAUGGUAUAAGGAUGCUGAUUCUUUGCAUAGAGGUUCUUUGGGUGUGUGGCAUUACUUUUGUACAGUUAAAAAUGGAUUUGAUUUUUUUUUACAUUUUUGCAAUAUUAUGGACUUAACUGUUUUUGCUUUAUUCUUGAGGUCAAAGUUUUGGUUAAAGUUUUAUAAUGGCACACUAUUCACUUAAUAAUGGUAUAAGGAUGUUGAUUCUUUGCAUAGAUGCUCUUUAGGUGUGUUGCAUUACUUUUUGUAUGGUUAAAACUGGAAAAAAAUAUUUUCAUUUUUUUUAGAUGUUUGCAUAUUAUGAACUUAACUAUUUUCUCUGUAUUCUUGAGGUUAAAGUUUUGGUUGAAAAAAUAUUUUCAUUUUUUUCCAUAUUAUGGACUUAACUGUUUUCUCUGUAUUCUUGAGGUAAAAUUAAGUUUUGUAAUGGCUCUCCAUUCACUUAAUAAUGGUAUUAGGAUGCUGAUUAUUAAUUGUGAGUAUUAAUGAAUCAAUAUAUACAUCUAACCUACUGGCAUAUAGAUAUUUAUUUAUCUAACAUGUUCAAAAAUAGCACAUGGAAUUCCUAUAAAAUACACUUUUCCCUUCUAUUUUAGAAGAGGUGAUUUUUUUCAUUCACCAAAUUAGACAUAACUUCAAAUAUGCCAGAUGAACAUAGCUGGAAACUUUAUUAUUAGUUUUUAGCUCACCUGGCCCGAAGGGCCGGUGAGCUUAUGCCAUGGUGCAGCG